UUGUUUCAAUUUGCCGAGAGCCUUGCUGUCUCCUUCCAGCUUGUUAUCAAUAGCUUUAAGACCAUACAUAUUAGAUCUAUCAAAGACUUCUAUGCAAAAACCUGUGGAAAGGCAAAUGAAACCAAAGAAAUAGAGAAGAUUGGAAAGGAAAUAUUGCAAAAAUGUGGGGGUCUACCACUCGCGAUUGUUGUAUUGGGUGGGUUAUUAUCUAAAAAGAGUGCACAAGAGUGGCGUUCGGUGUGCUUUCUCUACUUGGGUCAUUUUCCAGAAGACUAUGAAAUCCCGGUAAGUAGACUAGUUCAACUGCGGGUGGUUGAGGGUUUCAUACCGCAAAAUAAAGAAAUAAUGGAAGAUGUGGCUUAUUAUUACCUGAAUGAAUUGAUUAGAAGGAGCUUGAUUCAAAAAGAUAAAAUGCGUAGAGAGAGGAUUUUGACAUGUCGUGUUCAUGAUCUUUUGCGGAAUUUAGCAAUUGAAAAGGUAGAAGAGCUCAACCUUUUUCACAUUUAUGAGGUAAAUAAAGGUUCAAUUUACCAUUCGAGGACACGACGACAAGCUGUUUAUUCUGGAAUUGAAAGUUACUUGCAGCUUCAACAAUCUAAAGUCUUGCGCUCCCUUUUGUUCGUCGGGAUCAAUAAUGAAAAUGCAAGGGAAGGCUUAUUGUCAAUGUGCUCAAGCUUCAGGUUACUAAGAGUGCUCAAUCUUUCGCAUCUCUGGCUUACAACUAUACCAAAAGAAAUAGGCAAGUUGAUUCACUUGAAGUAUUUAAAAUUAAAAUUAGGAGGAACAACAAUUGAAGAUUUUCCAGUACCACCAUUCAUUCUCAACUUCGUGAACCUACAAACUCUGUUCAUUCAAGGUUUUAGUAGGCUCCCAAAUGAAACUUAUAAAUUGAAAGAGUUGAGACAUCUAAUUGGAAAUUUUGAAGGGUAUUUUUGGGUAGACAACUUGAAAAACCUUCAAACUUUGAAGGGCAUACAGGCCGAGACUUGGAUUAAAACUAAUCCAAAAGGGUUGGUUAAUCUUCGAGAGCUGCACAUAUCAAGUUAUGGUAAAGCAGUAAACGAGUUCACUUUUGAUUCUAUUGCCAAGCUGAAAAGCCUUCAAAUUCUACGGGUUUACAUAUCAACAAGUGAAAUUCCUUCCCUGAAACCACUAUCUGACUGCCCAAAUCUGGUAGAGCUGACAUUAGAAGGGGGGACACUGAACCUAAAAGAAAACAUGCCUGCAUUUUUGCCAAAUCUUGAACACCUAGAAUUAUAUAUUAGCAUACUCGAAGAUGAUCCCAUGCUUACAUUGGAGAAUUUGCCAAACCUCAGAGUUCUUUAUUUAUACCCCGGUGUUUAUUGUGGAAGGAAUCUGGUCUGCAGCAAAGGAGGGUUUCCACGGCUUGAAAUUCUGGUUCUUUCUGGAGUAACUUUUAAGGAGUUGAAAGUAGCGGAGGGAGCUAUGCCUGAGCUUAGAAGUUUCUUAUUGGCACAUUUUAAAAUUCCUGAAAGAUUCAAAAUCCUGCCGCCCCCACCCAAGUGGGAAUACAAAGGGGACCUGCUAUAG